CGGCGCGGCGCGGCGGCGCAGUUUCCGCAGCCGAGGAGGCAGCUCCGCCGCGGCUGCGUUCAGAUCGUCUCCCGCUGGGCCGACGUCUGGGUGCUCGCUCAGGGGCUCGGCCUCCGCUGGUGACCGGCGACCCUUCCGCAGCUCUGCUCCCCGGCCGCCGCAGCGCGCCUGCCCCCGGCCCCCUGUCCCGCGAAGAUGGCUGCCGUACGCCGGGCUCGCAGUUACUGCCGCUGCCUGGUGCGCUUCUCCGACCGAGAACUCUGCUAAGCCCCGCUGCAGCAGACGGGCAGGAGUAGACACCAGGCAGCCGCCACCCCCCCGGGAGCCGGGCGCGGGGAGCCCCUGCACCGGGCCGGUCGCCCGCCAGCAUGGCAGAAGCAGAGGAAGAUUGUCAUUCUGAUGAUGUCAGAGUGGGUGAAGAUGAAAAUGACAGUCCUGCUGAGAAAGACCUGCAGGCACAGCUCCAGAUGUUCAGAGCUCAGUGGAUGUUUGAACUUACCCCAGGUGUAGGUUCCAGUAAUUCAGAAACCCGGCCCUGCAGAGCAGGAAGAGGCUCCAUCCUGAAAGCAGCUGCAGACACCAAAGGAAGGCAGGAACUGGCAAAGGAGGAAAAGGCUCGAGAACUCUUUCUGAAAGCAGUAGAAGAAGAACAAAAUGGAGCUCUCUAUGAAGCCAUCAAGUUCUACCGUAGGGCUAUGCAGCUUGUACCUGAUAUUGAGUUCAAGAUUACUUAUACCCGGGCUCCAGAUGGUGAUGGCGUUGGAAACAGCUACAUUGAAGACAACGAUGACGACAGCAAGGUGGCAGAUCUCCUGUCAGACUUCCAGCAGCAGCUCACACUUCAGGAGUCUGUGCUCAAGCUGUGUCAGCCUGAGCUGGAGACCAGUCAGACUCACAUCUCAGUUUUGCCUAUGGAGGUCCUGAUGUACAUCUUCCGAUGGGUGGUAUCAAGCGACUUGGAUCUCAGAUCGUUAGAGCAGUUGUCACUUGUGUGCAGAGGAUUCUAUAUCUGUGCCAGAGACCCUGAAAUAUGGCGUCUGGCUUGCUUGAAAGUGUGGGGCAGAAGCUGCAUCAAACUUGUCCCAUACUCAUCCUGGAGAGAGAUGUUUUUAGAACGGCCUCGUGUUCGGUUUGAUGGAGUGUACAUCAGUAAAACCACAUAUAUUCGCCAGGGAGAGCAGUCUCUCGAUGGUUUCUAUAGAGCCUGGCACCAAGUGGAAUAUUACAGAUACAUAAGAUUCUUUCCUGAUGGCCAUGUGAUGAUGUUGACAACCCCUGAGGAGCCUCCGUCCAUUGUUCCCCGUUUAAGAACCAGGAACACCAGAACGGAUGCAAUUCUGCUGGGUCAUUAUCGCUUGUCACAAGAUGCAGACAAUCAGACCAAAGUAUUUGCUGUAAUAACUAAGAAAAAAGAAGAGAAGCCGCUUGACUAUAAAUACAGAUAUUUCCGUCGUGUUCCCGUGCAAGAAGCAGAUCACAAUUUUCACGUGGGGCUGCAGCUGUGUUCCAGUGGCCACCAGAGGUUCAACAAACUCAUCUGGAUCCACCAUUCUUGUCACAUUACUUACAAAUCGACUGGUGAGACCGCCGUCAGUGCUUUUGAGAUCGACAAGAUGUACACCCCCUUGUUCUUCGCCAGAGUGAGGAGCUACACUGCGUUCUCAGAAAGGCCCCUGUAGAGCCUUGCCAGCCUGCCGCUGCUGCACGAGCAGAAGCAUCGAGCGCCAGAAUGCCUAAGUUAUAUGUACAGACACAUACAUGUAUAUAUACACACAUAUAUACACACAUGGAGUUGGAACUUUCAGUUGUUGGAAUUACUUUAAGAAGAAUAUAAAUUAUUUUUUUUAUUUAAAGGGGUAGUUGAUUCUUGGGGUCCUUUGUUUUGAAAUUAGAAGUUGUUUAGCACAUUUUGUUGUAGUAAACCUUGCUGUGGGUUAAAUCAUGUCUCAAGCAGGUCUCUGAGCAGAUCUGUGCGCACACGGCCUUGUGCCGGAGCGCCCUCAUCCUCAUACAUCAGGGAGCACACUGGAUAGUAUUCACUCCCGCAUGACUAGUGUCUCUGCGUCAGACUCAAAUGUGAAGCCUGCUCUGGAUUUGUUUGAAACUGUUCAAUAAAGGUCAUAAAUAAAUGUUUCUCUCAAGGAAA